CGGGAGUCGCUGCCACCACUGCUGGCGGCACCGGAGAAGAACGCGCGGCCUGCGCAGCCUGUGGUGGGUAUCCCAUAGAAAAAAGCAGGCAGGGCAGAUUUGUAAUGCAUACAUAAAUACGCAGAAAAAUCUGUCAUGGGCGGCCACAUAGCAUGCUGUUCCGGGUAUGCAAUACAGAUUUUUUGGCGUGUUUAUUUUUGCAUUACAAAUGUGACCUGCCUGCUUUUUUCUGUGUGAUAGUGGGCGGAGAAGGAGAUGAUCAUGAUGAUCAGGCGACGGUACUGAUGAAUGCGGAAGAGGAACAAGAUGAUCUUCACGAUCGGGCGGAGGCAGGGUCCCCUACAACUUUAGUGCACAAUGUCGAAGGAGCUAGGGUGCCCGCGGAGGUGGACG